AUGCUUUCUGGUCCCAAAGGUCCCUUAAAGCUGACUGGUGUAACACUGAUUGCCUAUGAGACAAUCAAGAAUUUCCUUGACGAUGCUACCAUACUCGCAUAUCCCGCUCCCGAAGCUCAGCUGUCACUGAUGGAAGAUGCUUCGACCGUAGUCGUAUGUGCAGUCCUUCAGCAACACCUUGCUCCAUAAAGCUCUUACCGGGUGAGAAACGUUACAGUACCUUUGGACGUGAACAACUUGCCAUGUACCUGGCUGUAAAGCAUUUUCGGCAUUACCGUGAAGGUCGUAACUUCACUGUUUCCACUGACCACAAACCAUUGACUUUUGCACUUCGUUUCCACUCCGACGAGUACAAUCCGAGGAAAAUCGCCCACCUGGACUACAUCUCUCAAUUCACCACCGAGAUACCCCACAUUGAUGGCACGAGGAAUGAGGUGGCUGAUAUGCUGUCCACACGCUCACUGUCUUCCCUUUAA